CAACCCAAGGACCGACCCAUCCAAAUCAGUUCCGUCACGUCUCUUCCUCUCCCGUCUCCGCAGACGCCUCCCUUUUCUUCUCACUCCACUCCGCCGCCCGGAUUCAGAGCGAGAGGAGGCGGAGAGGGCGGACAUGGCGGCGAUGUUGGUGGGCGCGCUGCGGAGGGGAAGUGGAUGCCGCGGCGGCUUGCGCCUUAUCGCUCAUUCGCUUCGCAGAUUCGUGAGCACGCUCGUCGUAGCGGAGCACGAAGGCGGGUUCGUCAAGCCGUCGUCGCUGAGCGCAUUGGCCGCCGCGGAGGCCAUUGCCAAGGACAACAAAGUUUCUGUCCUGCUGGGUGGUUCCGGGCCGGCGCUUCACAAGGCCGCCGACCAUGCCGCGUGCAGCCAUCCACUGGUGUCUGAGGUGCUCGUGGCCGAUUCGGAAGCCUUGGCGCAUCCUCUGGCUGAACCCUGGGCCGAGCUACUCCGUUCCGUUCAGCAGAAAGGAGGCUACUCUCAUGUCAUAGCUUCAUCCACAUCAUUCGGGAAGAAUUUGCUUCCACGUGCUGCGGCUCUCCUUGAUGUGUCCCCUGUUACUGAUGUCACCGCUGUAAAGGAGCCACACGUCUUUGUGAGGCCAAUUUAUGCUGGAAAUGCACUUUGUACUGUGAAAUAUACUGGAGAGGGGCCUUGCAUGAUGAGUAUUAGAUCAACUUCAUUUUCCCCAGCUACUGAGGCUAUGUCUGAAACAAAGGUUGCACCUAUCACCCAGGUUGAUCUCUCUUUCCUCAGUGAAGGGAAAUCUACAUGGGUGAAUCUGACAUCACAAGACACGGAGCGGCCUGAUCUUGCAAAUGCACCCGUAGUAGUCACCGGAGGCAGAGGUUUAAAAAGUGCUGAAAAUUUUAAAUUGUUGGAGCAGCUUGCUGAGAAACUUGGCGCAGCAGUGGGUGCGACUCGGGCUGCUGUUGAUGCAGGUUAUGUUCCAAAUGACCUUCAGGUAAGACUGCUAGUCUACCAUGAGUUUUGUAUAAUGCCUUGUACUGCUGUCAUUCUAGCCUCAUUACCACCAUGCUCAACAUCUCAUCUUCUUCUCCAAGUUCAUUGCUGUCUUCCUUUUCUGAACAACCAUAGCGGUCAUUCCCUAGUCGUUUUAUUCAUGCAAUGUGUUUUCCGUCCACAGGUUGGUCAGACGGGGAAAAUCGUUGCGCCGGAUCUUUAUAUGGCUUUUGGAGUAUCCGGAGCAAUACAACACUUGGCAGGAAUGAGAGACUCGAAGGUCAUUGUGGCUGUUAAUAAAGAUGCUGAUGCCCCCAUAUUUCAGGUUGCAGAUUACGGACUGGUUGCUGAUCUGUUCGAGGUUCUGGAUGAGUUAUUGAAGAAGAUCCCAGAGAAGAAAUAAGUGGCCGUUAUUAGCUCUUCACUCCUGCAUGUUCAUUUGCCCAUGUGGCGCUAAUAAGAUCUCACGAUGUCAAUCCCGUAAAAUCUGUAAUGCUCUAUUUGGAUGUCGAUAUUGAAAGGUAUGAAUUGAAUUGGGUUCAAUACUAAAUCAGCUAUGGUAUUAAAAUUAGAUGUAAUUCAAACUCUAUUGUUUGGAUGUCUCUGAAUUAGAGUUUGGAAUUAUGUGGUCUAAUUAUAUGCAAUACAGAGAGCUCAAGCUCUGUAUUGGGAGUGCGAGUUUGUUUUUA